AUGUCUAGUACCGGUGCCAAUCGUGAAUCCGAAGGUGGUACAAUGAAAAAUGUUAUAGACAAUCCAGCAACAGAACCACAAUCUCAUACAUAUGCUGAAGAUCAAUCCCGCUCAAACACGGGACAACAAGGCGGCAAAUGUAGCUCCGUGGAAUCAUAUAUAAAAAUUAUUUUUAAUAUUUGUUAUAGUCGAAAGAAUGUUGCUUAA